AUGUCGCAGCCACCCAUAAAAUCUGUGAAAAGGGACACCGAAGUUUCCGACUUUGUCUCUGAAACGGCCCACAAGAAAUCUUGGUCAAGAAAUCGCUACACUGGAAUUCUUCUAGCGAUCUGUUCCGCUGUACUAUUCACGUGUACGGGAAUAAUCGCGAAACACCUUAAGGAGACUCACGUGCUGAAUUUGAGUCUAUUUAGAUUCGGUGGGAUGUUUCUGUUCGCGCUGCCACUAGUUUUGAGAGGAUAUAUGGUGCAAGGGGCGUCGCUUUUUGGGCAGAUUUGGCCACCUACGGAUAAGCCAAGCCUUAUCAUGUUACUUUUACUAUUUGGGCGGUCCACUAUGGGAUUUUCGGCAAUAAUUUGUUACUUCCACGCAGUAAAAUACAUCCCGGUGGGGGACGUAUCGGUCAUCGGUUCGAUGCAGAUGGUCACCGUGGCACUCUGUGCGCAUGUCACACUGGGCGAAAAAUGUGGCGUUGUGCCCGCACUCGCUGCGGUGGUUACGCUAGCGGGCAUCGCGUUUAUUGCGAAACCGCCCAUACUCACGGGGCAGGAUGAGUAUGACGUGAAUACUUUGAUCGAGACAAGUUAUGCGGUAGGUCGGGUCCUUUUCGCCUCAGUGGCGGUCAUAUUUUUAAGAAGAUUGAGAACAUUAAACGGGACAAUUGUCGUCCUUCUGGCCGGUCUGGUUCAGCUGGUGGAAAAUGGGGCCGCUGUUCUUAUCUUGGGCGUAUUUGAGUUGCCUGGAGAUUCUUGGAGUUGGGCGUUAUGUCUGGGCACGGGAGUCUUAUCGUUCGUUUCGCAGAUGACACUGACGUUAUCCCUUAAGUGUGAGGAGGCUGGACCGUUCGCAAUUGUGUGGAUAGCAAGUAUUUAG